CAGCGCUAAUUAAAAUCCAAACCAUCGAUCAACAAGGAGGAUUAAAUUAUUAUAGAGUAUGAAUCCGGAUUUGCUGACAUACCAAAUGUGUUAAAAAUUAAGUAUUUCAGUUUGUGUACGUUCAUUUUACUAGCUAUGCAUGAAAUCCGUUAACAAUUUGCGGUUGUAAAUAUGUAGGAGGAGGAAACGAAAGUGUAAGUGAGACUGUCAGUGUGAAUUCACAGUCUACAGACAGGUUGUUUACGCUGUCAAGGCUCUUUUCUCGGCUGAAUGAACUUGUUUUUAAUUGAGAGAGGGCUAGCAAGUGUAGUCAUGACGGCGUUCAUGUACGAGCCAUUAUACAUCUCAAAAAUUGCAUCUGUUAAUCUAAAUAACUGUAUGAACUGAAAAUGUCCACGAAAAGUUUAAGCGACACAGAAGCUGGCAAGUCCAAAAGUUCCAGCAGAGCCAGUUUAGGAACAAAAAACGCUCUGUAUGAUCCCGGAGGAGCUCCGAAAACCGGAGCAUCAGCAACUGGAAGCAAUGGCAAAAUCAGCGACACCAAAUCUCUUAGUCGAUCUGAUGACAACCUGAACACAGACCAGGAUACCAAUUCAUGUAAAUUAGGCCAAAGUGUUGACGAUAAAGGGCGUGAUAUAAAUGCAGAUUCACGACUGAGCAGGAUUGAUGAUGCCUGGCCGUCACAAGAGCACGACCAACCGCUGAGAUUGCUGAUUCUCUCAAGUAAAAUAAAAAACUAUUCAUCCAUUGGGAAUGCGAUUCUUCCCAAUGUGAAGUUGGUGCAAUAUCGUUACGAAGGAUCUUCUUUAGACGCAAUUCUUAAUCAAGUGGGCCAGACAUUGGGAACAAAACAAGUCCACAGUGUAGCUUGUGUUCUUCAUACUAAACCGGGCUCUAUUGUCUUGUGUAGUAGCGGAGAUCAAAAAGAGGUUUUCUCGGUUACAAACCUAUCAGAUAAUGCCAAGCAAUUCUUUACUAACCUUGCUACCAACUAUAUUGACGCAUCAAGUAAUAAUAAGCGAAUUGAUUUUAUAGCAUGCAAUGCAUUACAACCGUCAGACAUUACUGUCCUUACUUCUGAAAUUGAGAAACUUGUUGGGAUGCCAGUUGGCAUUUCACGUGAAAUACAUGGAAAUGAUAUAUCUGUAAAAGCAGGGAAGGAAACUGUAUCAAGAAACGUUGGUGAGUUUUAUUUCAAAACUGAUAAACUGAAGAAUUGGAAUUCACAACCACAAACGCUAGCUGGCUUUGAGAAGAUCAGAACUGUUGGAAAAGGAGCCUAUGGAGCUGCAGUACUUUACCGGAAAAAAGAUGAUGACUCCCUAGUAAUCUUAAAAGAAAUAAACAUGCAUGAUUUAACAGCAGCAGAGAGACAAAUGGCACUGAAUGAGGUUCGAGUGCUGAGCAUGCUUGAUCACCCUAAUAUCAUCAGUUACUAUGACUCAUUUGAAGAGGAUGGCACGCUGAUGAUAGAAAUGGAGUAUGCUGAUGGCGGCACAUUAUCCCAGUUCUUAAGCAACCAGCAAGGAAAGCGUGAGCUUGAAGAAAGAGAAAUACUACUAAUGUACCAACAGAUGGUCACAGCUAUCAGAUACAUCCAUGAUCAUAAUGUCUUACACAGAGAUUUAAAAACCGCCAAUAUUUUUCUAACCAAAGAGGGAAUCAUCAAGAUGGGUGAUUUUGGCAUUGCAAAGGUAAUGUCAUCCAAUAACCGAGGGGCAAACACUGUUCUUGGAACACCCUACUACAUCUCACCAGAAAUUUGUGAAGGAAAGCCAUACAAUGAUAAAUCGGACAUUUGGGCUCUAGGCUGUAUUUUGUAUGAAAUGGCCUGUCUACAGAAAACAUUUGAAGGGACAAACCUACCAGCUCUUGUCAAUAAGAUAAUGAAGGGUCACUUCACUCCAGUAAAAGGGAAUUAUAGCCAAGAAUUCAAGACCCUAAUACAGGAUAUGCUGCAACGGGAACCAGAGUACAGACCAUCUGCCAAUGAACUUAUGUUGGCACGCCUACCGAUCCUGCUAAGCCAGUUUGAAGAUCCUGUGUCAGAGUUCGAGGACGAUUUGAUGGCAUCUACAGACAGCUUCAACACAGGCCCAAGGCCUAAGACACGGUCUGUUUUGUAUCAUUUUGACAUACCUACUCUUAGUAUGUACCCUGUUGAUCUUCCAUCCAGAAUUAAAAUUAAGCAGGUUGCAAUCUGUUCCACUCACAUGAUUGUCGUCACUUAUGAAAGGUCGGUGUUCUCAUGGGGUGAAGGGUUAAAAGGUCAGCUAGGUCAUGGAGAUUUGAAAUCUCGACAGUCUCCUGAGGUCAUUGAAGCACUCAAAGGGAAAUCUAUUACAAAAGCAUGCUGUGGUGAUGGCUUCAGCGUAUUCGCCAGUGACAAUGGUAUUGUGAUGACAUGUGGAGAUGGCAGCAAAGGAUGCCUAGGUCACGGCGACUGGAGCAAUGCAUCCCGCCCCCGCCUCAUUGAAACCCUCCUAAGCGUUGAUGUAACAUCCAUAGACUGUGGACCUCAUCACGUUGUGGCUGUGGGUGCUGAUGGGGAAGUAUUCUCUUGGGGUGUUGGGAAGGAUGGUAGGCUAGGCCUUGGAGAUGAAGAGAACCACUGUGAACCGCAAGCAGUUGACCUAUCUGCAGAGUCUGUGUACAUUCGGAUGGUUAAAUGCGGUAGAGAUGGUACCAUGUUCUUGUCUGACAUGGGGUCACUGUUGGCUUGUGGUAAUAAUGAGUUUAAUAAGCUGGGACUAAACAACAGACAGGGCUUCCUUAUGGCUAUGAAGAACAUUUUUACUAAGACUGAAGUUGAUUGUCGUAAGGUGCCGACAGUCAUCAAGCCGUUGUCCACUUUCCGUGUAUUGGACAUGAUGCUAGGUCAGCACCACAGUGCUGUCAUUAUCGAUUCUGGCAUUGUGUACACCUUCGGGAAAAACAGUGAUGGUCAACUUGGCACUGGAGAUGUGAAAUCACGAACAGCUCCAGCGCAGGUUCGACAAAUGGCGGACAAAUCUGUAAAGAUGAUAACUUGUAGUGAGCAUUUUACCGUGGCAGGCACGGAUGACAAUCACCUUUACAUGUGGGGAAGAGGGUUCAAGAUCUCACCCCCUCCGAGUGAUGAGGGUACAAAGAGCAGCAACGAUAUCUCGAUGGUUACCCCUAUAGGGGAGAAGCCCCCAGUGCGGAGUCCUAGUGUCGAGUCGCUGACUUCCAUGUGCAGUAACCUUGAAAAGAAAGAUGAUCAUUCUUACUCAGAAAGCAAAGAUUCUGGCAAUUUUAGUGCACCUGAUUGUAUAUCCUCACAAAGACAAGGUGCAAAAAGCGCCCCUGUAAAUCGCCAAAGGCUUUUGAGUGGAGAUAAUAUAUUUGUUGACAAAGAUCAGCUUCCAGCUACAGAGCAGAGACCACCAGCUCCUGUCGUAUGGCCAAUGGAUUCUCCACGAGAUAGGUUACGAAAGGGGAGCUCUGUGAGCAGGAAAACGGUAACCAGCGUUGGUAGUAGCACAAGCGACGAUAAACAAAGCGAUUCUAAAGUGAUCUUGCAGCCAACGCCAAUUCUAAUGUUUGAUUCUACUGGUUCCCAAAGUGCUGAGACUGGCGAGUGUUUUCAAGUGGUUCUCAACAACGUGUUGGGUCAUGGUGACUGUUUACUACUCCAAGUAGAAACAACUGCUCCACCUCCGCCGCCACGAAGACGUUCUCGAAAGAAGAAAAAGAGCAUGACACGCCGUUCGAGUGGACAAAAUCUUUUGGAACCAGGUAAAGACAGUACUCAGUCAGAGGGUGGAAGUAAGUCUUUUACAACGGCUGACGAUUACACUAGCUCUGAAACAUCAGAAGCAGACACAUUAGGAACGAUUCCAACAUGGUUGAAGAAAGAAAUGAGAGACUCAUUACCGAUCACUGACGAUAAUGAUGCGGAUGAUAGUGAUGAUGAGACUGGAACCAACAACUUGCCUGAUGCCAGUAUGGCAAACAUAAAGAUCAAUAAAGACAUAGCAGCACUCAAAGGUGUGAAAAACUCUAGAGAUUUGAAAGCAGUUGAAGAAGGGCGUGAUGUUGAUACUGAAGAGAAAGCUGAAUGCUUGGACAACACAACCAAAAAAGGUAGUCAAGAAUUACGCUCUAGCGAUUCCAGCUCCAGCGAUGUCCGCCAGCCAGCUGUCAAUCAUAGUCGUAUACAUGGCCCCAGUCGGUUAACGUUUGGUCCCCAGCCGCCUAUACACGCACCUAACCGGGGAACUCCAUACAAGCAGCAGAAAGUACCAGUUCCUGGAGCCCAUCGACCAAUGAGAAUGAGGGCUGGUAGAGGACGAGGACGAACAAGUUCAUGGACUAUUGAUGGUAAAAUCCAAACAAAAAAAGAAAAAGAAUCAAAAUUAAUUGAGACAAGAAAAAACGAGGAGGAAGAGGAGAAACUCAGACUCGAAGUUCAAAGGUUGCAGGAAGAGAAAUUGAAUGCCGAAGCAAGACUGCAGGCAAUUGAAAAAGAGUACGAGGCCCAACGGAAGACAUUAUUAGAGGGCGCUACUAAUGCUGCUACGAAUCGAGAAAACGCACUGAAAACUGAAAUUGAGGAGUUGAGAGAAGAACUGAAGAAUCAGGUUAAGCAAAUGAAAGACAACAAUGCCAUGGUUGUACACCUUCAACAGGAACUCAUCAAAAUGCAGUCUGAACAGAUACGCACGAACGCACGUGAUAAGCGUGCUGAAAGUACCAUGAACAUGCGCAAAAAAUCCACCUCAAACCAAAGCAAAGUGUGUGUUCUUAGUUAGCGUAAAAUGCAUUUUUCGGAGAUUAGCGGGAAAAUUCUGUGUUUCAAUGGGCGUACAGUAGGUACACCCAAAUGGGUGCUGCGCAGUUCCGAGUAGUAAUUACAAUCUCUUGUAUCUCUUUGUAUGGAUAUACAACCAGCCCCAUUUUCUCGUUGCAGAUUGAAAUUACCUGGCUCCGUGCACUGAUAACUCCGGGAAAUUCGUUUUUUCAACGUGUUUUAACCUUCAAAUAUAUACUUAAUAUUAAGUAAUACUUAGAGAACCCAUUAGGUUACUAGGUGUGCUCAUGAGAUGCCUAAAGUUAUUGCCUUUGGAAAACAAAUACAUUUCAGGCAACAUGCUCAUUUUAACUCUGUGCUACUGCAUACCCUUCUGUCAUAGUGAAACAAUUUUCCUACUGGUGUAUAUAUCAGGGAUAUUAUGGGUAUCAGCAAUUAAUAGUAGCCAUACUCAGGACAUAAGAAGAAAUGUAAAAAUGUACAAAAUACAAUUGAAAAAAUACGAAUUGAAAUUUGUGAAGUCUGGGAUAGGCUUAAAGCUACAUUCACAUCAAGCCCCGAUCUGGUCGGGAGCCCGAACAAAAAAUCUUAAGUUGCUACGUUUUUUAAACGCAUUCAUAUAUGUAUGUGUUCAAUUGGUUCGAACCAACCAAGCUUGUUGCUGAUUGGUCCAAGUGGAAAAAACGUACGAUUUCGCGAUCCAAAUGGCUCUCAGAUCUAUCAGUCCGGAUUUGAAAUCGUACGAAUUUGAUAUGAACGGUCCUAUUCUUUACCACUGAACCCAUUUUCCAUGAUUUUUUGCUUGGCCACCGGACCAGAUUCGGGCUUUGAUGUGAACAUAGCUUUAGGCGUAUCAAUAUGGCACUAUUUAGUUUACAGAGUUCUGCUACAUUCCAAUGCACCUGUGAUCGUAGCAAAUGCAGCCUGUGAACAACCGCAAUCACGGUAUGAAAUGCGUAUAGUAUUUGAAAAUAUACAUUGGUGAAUACUCUUACUACGCAACCCACUCGUUAUCAAUUUUAGAUUCGCAAUGAAUUCAUAAUGCCCAGCCUAUUAAGCUUCACUCCUGCUAGCGUUAAUGAUUAUAUUUGAUAAUAUGUAAUCAAUCUAUUAAGUGGUGGAUUCAAGGGGGUCCACUGCCCCCUGAGCUUGUCAAAAUUAUGUUUAAAAUGUAGAAAAGUGUGAGUGCCAUUUCCGGCCAUCUAGAGGUGCCAUAAUCCUAAAUUACCUCAGCCCCGACUAAGGUGUUCUAUUUGAGGAAGUCCCCCUACUGGGGCCCCUUCUAUUUUAAAUUCCUUGUUCCGCCACUUGCUAGUUAUCGGUUUAAUGAUUUGAAGUGCCGCCAUAUUUGUAUUCACGACUUCAUCUUAGCUACAUCCUUCAAAUCUUGACUUGUCAAAUCGUGAUCACCGGUUGACUAAGUAUUGGAACGCUUUUCACGACUUUUGAAGGUGUGAUCAAAGGUACUUGGAACAUGGCUUAUUUAUAGUAUCUUGAAAUGGCAUAGCACAGUUAGUAUUUUAUUCAAUAUCUAGCAGUAUAAAACAUUAACUAGAAACAAUGAAAGAUCAUCAUUUUAUAUAAAUUUAUAAGAAGUAAUGAGAUAGAGAUAAAAUUUAUCAAUAAUAUAUAAUGUAGUAAA